AGUUAAAGAUGUCCCAACGUGUCAUCUGAUCCCUCCUCCCUCGCCAGGAGCUGCGUGACAUCACAUGCCGAACAUAAAUAAGGGGGCUUUGACCAUGGCUCAGGACCACUCUGUCUCGGGACUUCAGCUUCUCUUCUCCUUCCUUUUCGCUCCUCCGUGCUCCUACUCUCCAAAAUGACGGAGUUCACACCGGACCAGAUUGAGGACUUCAAGGAGGCUUUUGGUCUCUUUGAUAGAGUUGGUGACAGUCAGGUGGCCUACAACCAGGUGGCUGAUAUCAUGCGCGCUCUGGGCCAGAAUCCCACCAACAAGGACGUUGUCAAGAUCCUUGGCAACCCCAGCGCCGAUGACAUGGCCAACAAGAGGCUGAACUUCGACGCUUUCCUGCCCAUGCUGAAGCAGGUUGAUACCCUCCCCAAGGGAACCUACGACGACUACGUUGAGGGUCUGCGUGUCUUCGACAAGGAGGGCAACGGAACCGUCAUGGGCGCUGAGCUGCGUAUUGUGCUGUCCACUCUGGGAGAGAAAAUGAAUGAGACUGAGAUUGAUGCCCUCAUGGCCGGACAGGAAGACGAGAACGGCAGUGUGCACUACGAGGCUUUCGUCAAGCACAUCAUGUCUGUGUAAGAGGCCGGCAGCAGGAGUGCUGAAGAAGCUGUAGCUCGCCUACAGACCGCCCGGCAGCGUUCAGGACAUCAACGCUGUUUCAAAGACCAACCAAGGAAAGACAAGGACUAUGUACAAGGGAUGUUGAAGCGAACCCAUUUUGUUGUUUAUUUUGUUUUCCUUUCCACUUCGUCUCAAAACCUGCUCUCUCAGGACAUCGCCUCUUCGUUGUAGACCCCAUCACUCGGCCUCUGCUCUCCCCCUGGGGCGCGUCGCCUCUCGCCACAUGGGGUGAGGAACGGGGGAGAAGGGGUGACCGCUCACCAAGUGAGGGUAGAUCCCUCCCUUCCCACCGCCACCUCAUUCAGUCCCAUCAUCACUGGCCCAGCAAUGCCAAAGGUGCUGGAGAAACGAUGAGGACAGACCGCCAGAAGUUUCCGCCUCCCUGAAAAGUUGUAUUUAUUUUCACUCUGAGUCACUUCAGAAUAAACUUUUCCACCGUACAUCCCA